UAUUUAUAAAUUAAAAUCAGUUAGAGAGUUCACUUCGGACUUUAUGUACAGAAUGUUUUUACUGCCGAGUGUUAAUAGUGACCGAAGAUAACCGAAGUUAUGUCACUAGUCCGAGUUCAUUAUUUUGAGAUUAAAUUAGAAUUUAUAAUAAUCUAGCCUCAUAAUACUACUCAAUGUCUUGACUUAUUAGUAGAAAUACAUUUCAAAAAACCAAAUGAAAGCCGGCUUUUGUCUGGUAAAAUAAUUAAGCAAAAACUACGUAAGCAAAUUUAAAUUAACUAAACACAUUAUUAAAUGAAAUAGCUUUCUCUCACUACAGUACAGAAUCGACAAACUAGGACAGACAGCUUUGCGAUAUAAUCGUUUUAACUUCUCUCCGUUUCGUAUCUAACUUCAGCAGGUAACAAUAUGUUACGACCAAUUCUGUAUUUUGGUAAAUGGAGCCCACCAAGUUCUGCUGUUCGUAUGACUGCCAAGGCCAUUGGAUUGGAUUUAAAUCUACAUGAAAUAAAUUUACUUAAGAAAGAGCAUAUUAGUGAGGAUUAUCUUAAAAUAAAUCCACAGCACACUAUUCCAGUACUUGAUGAUAAUGGUUUCAUUGUUUCGGAUAGCCACGCAAUAUCUACGUAUAUGAUUGAUAAAUAUGCAUAUAAUGAUAAUCUUUAUCCGAAAGAUUUGAAAAAACGUACUCUUGUUAAUCAACGUCUCCAUUAUAACAGUGGUGUCCUUUUUUGUUGUUUACUAGGAGCUAUAAAACCGCUAGCGCGUGGUUGGCGGCGAACAGUCUCAUCAGAAUCUCAGGAAUAUCUAGAAGAAGCCUAUAAAUAUAUGAAUACUAUUCUAGACGGAAAAGAAUGGCUUGCCGGCGAUUCUUAUACACUUGCAGAUAUCAGUUGUAUUACAACUGUCUGCAGUGUUACUGUUUUCAAAUCGAUAACCGAUCACCCUAAUUUAACAAAGUGGAUGAAAAAUUGCGAACAAUUACCAGGAUAUGCAGACAUCGCUGUUCCAGGAGUAAAAGGGUUUCACGGUAUGGUUAACCAUUUUCUUGAUAAAUAAAAUAAUUAUUUUUUUUAUAAAUCCAUCCUUCAAAUUUAUUUUAAAUAAACAAUACCAUCGGUAUGGGUGUUUAAUCUUCAACUGAAGUUCCAAGUAAUACUACAGAUGGCGACACAAUAACAAUAUUAAAACGCGAGUGUAUAUUUUUAUAUUUACCCCGAUAUAUAUAUAGAUAUAUAUAUUUACUUUAAUUGGCUAUAAGUUACGCAAUAUUAAUUCCAAUAAUUAGCUAAUAAAUGAUAACUGAUAUCAUGACUAAGCACUUUAAUUGAGGACUUUAGUCCUUCGACAUUCGUCAUGUAACUCGAGUUAGAUCUUCCUCAGUAAAAAAAAAUAAAAUUCCAAGAGACGCUAUCGAGAUGAAUUAAAUAUUUCUAUUGUGUUGUAAAAAUAAAAAUGAAUUAUGAGAA